AACACUUGUUUGCCUAAUUCCCUCAGUUGAGUUCGAGAAACAGUCGGCACAAGUUGACAAAUAAAGAGUCGUACAAUUAUCUCACCAGCACCCCAUUCGAUACCCGAGAGUGAAGUCAAAAGAAUUAAUCCCGAUUAAAUAAAGAGUGAAAACAAAUUGAUAUAGAGUUGGAAUUGAGUGCGAUGGCGUCGAGUAAGGAUGACAAUUCGGAGAGCGUGCAGUUUUUCGAGGGCGUUGAGAAACUCCUCGAGAUAUGGUUCACAAGUACUGAUGGACAGGACAGAAAACGAGACCUGAGGGACAUCCCCAGACACAAGUGGGAGAGUCUUCUCAAGAUCGUGCGCUGUGAGAUCAUCAGUUUCUGCAGGAAUGAUCAGAUCGAUGCAUAUGUUCUAAGUGAGAGCAGUAUGUUUGUGGCAAAACGUCGACUAAUCCUCAAGACAUGUGGUACGACAACACCCCUGCAGUGCCUGGAGCCCCUCCUAGACCUAGUGGAGGAGUACACGGGCUUCGACGAAGUAGAAGAUUUGUUCUACUCGAGGAAGAAUUAUAAGAGACCGGAGCUACAGAAUUCACCUCAUCGGGCUUUUGAGGAUGAGGUUGCACUGUUGGACACUAUUUUUCCGGACGGCGAGGCGUUAUGCCUGGGCGACGCAGACACCGACUGCUGGUACCUCUACGUUCUGAAUCGCGAGCACGCCGCCUCUACCCCACCCGAGCCCGACCAGACCCUCGAGAUCCUCAUGACAAAUCUCGAUCCCUCCAUAAUGUCCAUCUUCACCCGGGACGUCUGCUCCUCGGCGUCCGAGGCCACUCAAAAAUCCGGCAUCGACAAGCUCAUCCCCACAAUGCUGAUCGAUGACUUUCUCUUCGAGCCCUGCGGCUACUCCAUGAACGGUGUCUCAAAGUCCGGCAACUACAUGACAAUCCACAUAACACCGGAGCCCGAGUUCUCCUACGUCUCCUUCGAGUCCAACAUACCGGAGACAUCCUACACAGAAGUCAUCAAUCGUGUCCUCAACACCUUCAAGCCUGGCAAAUUCGUUGUUACAAUUUUCGCUAAUAAAGAGUCCAUUGCUGCUGACAUACCACGUGAACUCGAGCAAACUGAUUAUCUGAAUGUCCAUGGUGAGUGGCUGAGGAAUGACGUGCAGUACUGCAGAUUCAAGAAUUACGACCUAACUUGUGCAUUCUACUCGAAAUUCCCAAGCUGAUGGUUCACUGAUGGCCCGUCUGUG